AAUCCCUCUAGCUUUGGGAAUAAAGAAUCGGGGACAGAGGUGGGGUGUUUUUUUUUCUAUAAGUAGGACCAGAGGGAAAGUCCACAUCCACAGUCCAAAACGCCCAGCAGCACAACCAGGAAUACAGAACAUCUUUAUCUUUUAGUUGUUGAUGUGCUAAAGACGACAUUGAAAUUGAUUCGAUUCGGAAAAAAACCCCACUGCCAACAAGUUGAAGUUAGAGAUUCAAGAAGAUAGAGAAAGCACAAAAAAAUCAUUAAAAUGGGAGUCCCUUCGUCCGGGGAGUUUUGUGUUCAGCGGAAGGUCCUGGCCGAGUCGGCCCUGGAUGAGUUGGGCCGCAGAAGGACGCACUCCACCAAGCCUCCCCUGGCCCAGCGGGUCAAGGACUCUCUGAGAUGUUCAGUGCCCGGGCUGAAAAGGACGGUGUUGAAAUGGGUGCCAGUGCUCUCCUGGCUGCCUCAGUACUCCAUCAGGGAGAACGCAGUGGGGGACAUAGUCUCCGGCCUGAGUGUGGGCAUCAUGCAUCUACCACAAGGUAUGGCCUAUGCCCUUCUGGCCUCCUUGACUCCAGUGUUUGGUCUGUACACCUCCCUCUUUCCUGUGAUGAUCUACUUCAUCUUUGGGACCUCCAGACACAUAUCUAUCGGUACAUUUGCGGUGGUCAGCAUCAUGGUUGGCAGCGUGACAGAGAAGUUCGGCCCAGACAGUAACUUUGUGGUGGGGGGGAACGGGACCAACGGCACCGCUGUGGUGGACAUUGACGCGCGAGAUGCCUACAGAGUCCAGAUAUCAUGCGCCCUGACCGCGGUGGUGGGAGUCCUACAGAUCCUGUUUGGUCUAGUGAGGUUUGGCUUUGUGGUCACCUAUCUGUCGGAGCCGCUGGUGCGAGGCUACACGACCGCCGUGGCCGUUCAGGUGCUGCUGUCCCAGCUGAAAUACGUCGUAGGGGUUCACACGACGCGCUUCACCGGACCUCUCUCACAGGUUUACACGUUAAUUGACCUCUGCUCAUUGCUACCGAAGACAAACAUUGCGACGCUGGUGAUUAGUAUUGUGGCACUUUUUGUCCUCAUACUGGUCAAGGAACUGAAUACCUACUACCGGAAGAAGCUACCUAUGUCCAUUCCCAUAGAACUGAUAGUUCUCAUAGUAGCAACAAUCAUCUCAUAUUUUGCUAAAUUCAGAACUCAUUAUGGAGUGGAUGUGGUUGGAGCAAUACCCAGUGGGCUGAAGGCUCCUCGAGUCCCAGACGGCAACUUAUUUAUAUUGGUGUUUCCCGAUGCAUUUGCUAUCGUGAUCGUAGCUUACGCCAUUAGCAUCUCCAUCAGCAAGACUAUGGCCCUUAAGCAUGGCUACAAGGUGGAUAGCAAUCAGGAGCUGGUAGCCCUGGGCCUGUCCAACGUGUUCGGGGCUUUCUUCCAGUGUUACGUUGUGACGGCUUCUCUGUCCCGUAGCCUCGUCCAGGAGAGCGCAGGAGGCAAGACCCAAGUCGCAGGAGUCGUGUCUUCCAUUAUUGUGCUGAUCACCAUUCUGAAAAUUGGCUCUCUGUUUGCAGAGCUCCCCAAGGCAAUCCUAGCCACCAUCGUUUUUGUGAAUUUGAAAGGAAUGUUUAAGCAGUUCGACGAUAUACCUCUGCUCUGGAAGAGCAACAAGAUGGAUCUGAUGAUCUGGUCGGUCACCUGGGUGGCCACCAUCCUGCUCAACCUAGACAUCGGUCUGGCCGUGGCCGUGGUCUUCUCCAUGCUGACGGUCAUCUUCAGGAUCCAGCUACCCCGCUACUCCAUCCUGGGUCACGUGCCGGGCACGGAGCUGUACGUGGAGAUGGACGCUUAUGAGGAGGCCAAACUGAUUCCAGGAGUGACAAUCUUCCGUUCUUCGGCUACAAUCUGCUACACCAAUGCAGAGAUGUAUUUGGAGGCGCUGCAAGAAAAGAGUGGGAUCAACAUCAUAGAGCAGCUGACAGAGAAGAAAAAGCUAGAAAACAAACUGAAACGUCAACAGGAGAAGGAGAAAAAUAAAGCUAAAAAGGCAGCAAAGAAACUACAGGUUGACGUCAACAGUGAACAAAAUCCUUCAGUGAAGAAAAAAGGCAAAAAACACCAGACGGUUCUUGUCAGCCCAACGGAGGUGGGCCCAGUCUACGGCGGUUUUGACGGACAGGUGAACUCGGCCUAUCAGAUGGACCCGGAGGUUUCAGACGCAUGUCCAGCGGAUGAUGAUGACAGCGCCAAGGAGAACGGGGGAGUGAAGACCGAGGAACGGCAUCGCACGCACAGCGUUAUCUUGGACCUCUCCACCACCAGCUUUGUGGACACGGUCACAGCCAAGACACUAAACAAUAUAUUCAGAGACUUUGGAGAGAUAGAUGUGAGUGUCUAUAUUGCUGGCUGUCAAGUUUGCAUUGUGCAGCAACUGAAGAGGGCGGGCAUCUUCAGCGAGUCGAUCCUACUCAACAACCUGUUUGUCACUGUCCACGACGCUGUCCUUCACACUCUGGAACGCCAGGCACAAAAGAACGUCAGCCAGGACCUGUCCUGCAUCACCAAGAUGUGACCAACAGGGGUCAGGCUCGUCCCGCCGGACACUCCCACUCCUCCUCCGCCUCGGAUCCACUGGCAUCUGCUUUGAUUCCGCAUUGGUCGCUCUUGACUCCGCCCCCCCCCCUCCCCCCCUCACUGUGGGGGAGAAUGAACCACCGUGACAUGGUGGUUGGUUGCCAUGGAGACAGCCAGAGCGGUUGCUUAGGAAACUGGCUUUUUAUGAUAGUCUAAUGAGAUAGCCAGCCAUACGUCACUGCAGCCCCCCCCCCUCUCUCUCUCUCUCCCCCUCCCUCCCUCCCUGUCUUGUGCACACGCUCUGUUGUGUUUCUGAGGCAGGGAAUGGGACUGUGUUGGAGAAUGUGGCGCAAUGUUAAUAGGAUUCUGUAUUUAUAGCCUCUGAUAGAGUAAAGAGACUGUGAGAGGCUAAAGCAGAGACCGCAGUCAAAGCUAUUGUCGACCCGGUGUCAACAUGCAACGGCACCUGUGUUUGUCUGUCAAUGUACAAUGCGCUGUCUUUGAAGUCUUAGUAUAUUGGCAACUGUUACUUUUUGUGAAUAGCAUUUUCUAGAAUAGUUAACCUCAUUCCUUCUCCAAAAUGUUCACAUCGUGCAAUUCUUAGUUUCUGUUUCAAAACUACCCUCCAACAGAGCUGCACAGAGCAGGGUAAUAUCAGUGUUGUGUGGCUGAUACCAGCAUAGCCGGACAUCCUUCUGUUAUAUUUAAGGGGUUAAGCACUCAGAAUACAUUUAUUUCUACCGCUCUAUAACUCUGUAUAUUAGUGGUGUAUUUUACAGCUAUCACGGUAUUAGUGAUAUUUCUUACGCCUCUGGAAAUUAGAUUCUCACCAUGAACAGAGGUCUUCUAAAUCUCCAUGAUAAAGAAUGAUAAAACCAUUCAUUAACAAAGCCAUUUGUGUAAUGUUGUUUUCAUAAUCUUGUAAUAAGUCUAUUAUUCUUCAUAAGCCAACAAUUCUCCCAUAUUAGCUGUUGAAGAGCUGAUUGUAUUUCUGUAUGUAUUUUCAAUGUAGAUAGAUUAGUGUUUAUGUAGAUAGUGAUAGGUAAUCAUUGCUAUUGAUAUAUAUCAAUAUCCAUAACAAAAAGCAAAGAUAUAAUCGCAGUAAUUUAGUGUGAUUAUCAUACUAAAUUUUUUAUCAUAUAAUAAAAUGUGUCUAGUAUCUAAGCUUCUACGACUACAACUACAAGAGAUCUUCAGGAUACCAAGUUUAUAUCAAUGAUUAUAUUAGGGGUGCCUGUAACUGAAGAGCCAAUAAAAAGGAACCAACCACAUCA